ACGUCUGUGGACCGAUUAAACAAAAGCUCAGGAAAACAAGAGGUGCACAAUUGACAACAUCAGAGAAGCCUGAUCAAAACUGCCAACGGGGGUUGGAGUCAAAAAAGAAAUAAAACAUAACCCACAAUGGACGUGGAAGAGAGCCACUCUCCUCUGAAUCAGCCAGAAGGGGACGGUUCAGGUGGACGUGGGGAUGUGAUGGUGUCCCAGGUGGUGGAGAUUCUCAGCGGGAUGAGUCUGGGGGCCGUCCGGUCUCUGGAGCAGGCUGAGGGCAGAGCCACAGCCGCUAUGGACGAGGAGGGAGAGGACGCAGUGUUCUUCGAGGACGGUGAAGCACCUGUACAUGCAGAAGGAAGGUCUCUUCCCUCAUUUGUUAGAUCCACGGAGAGGUCCGCUGGACCACAGAGGGGGGAGUUAGACCAGCUCAAGGCUGAGACAGACGGAGGAGACACAGGAAGCACUGGCCUUUUGAAUAAAGGUGAUACUGGGUUACUUCAAGAUACCCAAAUUGCCCAAACUCAGCCCCAGAAAGAAACUUUGCCACGAGACACAACUCAAAAACAUGAACUGGCCCGAGCCCAGCCAGGGAAGGACACAUGGACAGACACUGUUUCAUCAGUGGGUCAGGAGAUGGUGGUAAAACAUGCACCCGAGUCAACAGCCCUGCCUGUACUGGAGGGGACGGCCCAGCAGAGAGGCAUGCCUGAGACGCCAUCUUCCUCUGGGGAUGAACUCAGCGGUGAGGGCCCGGAUGAGGCGGAGAAAAACACCAACAAUGGUUCCCAAGAUUCCCUGUUGGGAGAUCAGAAGUCCAGCCUUACCUGUUGUAAGGAGCCCUCCAACCACAACACCAGCUCCAAAUACAACACUGUGUCCUAUAGGAAGAUACGCAGAGGCAACACUCGGCAGAAGAUUGAUGAGUUUGAGUCCAUGAUGAUGAAUAUGUAACAAUACUUUUAAGUUCCUUUUUGGAAGAUACUGCAGCUAUACUCCAACAAUGAGUUGGACAUGGCAUGCUAAACCAGCUGCUGUGGAAACUGGCAUACUGAUCAAUUGGCUACAUCGGUUGUAUAUCUUUGUUAAAUACAAUUGCUUAACAGGGUGCAUUGUAUUCCCGAUUGAAGCCAAAACAGACAUCUGAACUCUACGAGACUAGAACUUACCACUGAAAUGGGCUCAUUAGGCAUAGCAGUUAUGUUACAAUGGAUUGACAUAUAGCUAUAAAUAAAAAAUAAUCCUCCGUUUUUUUUUACUUUUGAUUACUGAAGGUGGUAUCUCAUUAGAUUAAAAUCAUUGAGAAUCUAGUAAUAUGAAGAUUAAGACGAGCGAAGUUAGUCAUCUUCCAAACAAUUCCUAGAUGUUUUUCAGUACACUUCAUUACACAGGUCAAACAGAAAUGUACACCUUUUAAAAUAUAUAUUAAAAGAAUCGGGUAAGGUUUUAAGAACUAAAUCAACUAAAAUAGUCAGCCCUUUAAGUAUGACUCUUCAACUUCGGUCCUCUAGGGCCAAAAUGUUUGGCUUUAUCUGCUAGUUAAUUACACACUCCUGGUAUCUCAAUUUUGAGUCAGGAAAAAAAGUGUUUGCCUGCAAAGACUUGUCCUCUUUAACAACCCAACCAUUCUAUACCAUGAUAUGUGCCUAAGAAUAGAAAGAAAGAGUACAUGUUCUAAAGAAACUAUUGUUGCAUGAUAAACUCACUAAAGUG